AUGCUGCCAUUAACCACAACAAGAGGAUGGUGCGCAACAGCGUCAUCCCUUGUCACAUUCAUCCUUCUCAGCAUCCUCGCAUCUUCCAAUAUACCAGCUACAGCAAGCCCGACAAAGCAGACGCUGGAACCGCGCUCUCAAAUACCCUUCCUCACACAUGAAGCAUCACCAGAGUCGUACGAUGUUCUCGGCUUGCAGCGAGUCAAUGUUACACUCGCAGUCAUGUCUAGGUGUCCAGACGCUCUUGCAUGUGAGGCCGCUUUCGACAAGGUGCUCGAUCGAGUCAACGCCAAGACUCGUCUCACUAUGAGCUACAUUGGCUCCAUUGAAAACGACAAGCACAGCAAGUACGGCGCAUCCUGCAUGCACGGUGAUCAGGAGUGUCAAGGCAACAUUCAGCAGCUUUGUGUUCAAGAUGCUCUCAACCCAGGCCGCGCAGGCCAAGACUUCGACCUCAGUCCAAGCGCUGCACAGAAGCGAUCGUGGAACUUCCUCCAAUGCCAGAACUAUGCCGGCGUCUCCAAGAUUGGCGACGAAGAGCUCGCACAAAGAUGCUUGCGUCUCGUCGAUGGUCCUGAAUGGCACAAGGACGGAAUCGCUAAAUGCGUACAUGGCAAGCAAGGGCGCAAGCUUCUCCAAAACAGCAUCAAGGCCUCCAAGCAUUCCAACCUGACCAGAUCCUGUACCAUCCUCUUUGAGGGCGGCAACAAAUGCGUCCGUGAUGGAAACGCCUGGAAGGACUGCGACCUUGGCCAUGAGCCUGCUGACUUUAUCAAUGAGAUUCAACGUCUUUGGUCCAAGAAGAACGCCGGGGCCAAGUCAAACAUCGAAAGGAUGGCAAGCAAGACCACAUGGCAGCCCGCCAGCAGGCUUGUUAAGCGUCAAUCCUCUCCAUCCGUCACCGACGGCGGCGGCUUCAACAAUCCUUUUUCAGGCUCAAGCACUCCGCCCAGCGUAUUCGUAACCGUCACAGCCAUCGCACUCUUCGUCAUUGUUGUCUGCUUUGUUCUCCUCAGGAUCGUCAUGCGCAAUCGCCGACUCCGACGUCUCGGUCUGCUUCCUGACGGCGGGCCCUUCGAUCGACUCCUCGGCCCUACACGCGAGAUUGAGGAUACCCUCACUCCACCUAAGCUUCUCGAAGCUCGCAUCGCCCAUGACUUCCGUCCAGCAGCGUACGAUGCUGAAGUCAAAGCCAGAGGAUGGGAUGCCCUGAUGCCCAUCUCAGCGGCCGUGCCUCCCGUGCUCUACUCUGACCUCUUCCCUAACAACAGGAACCAAGAGAACGGCGGGGCUACUGCUAGCGGCGAUGCUGAGUCUGGCAACCUUGGCGCUCAGAAUGGCUUCUCCUAUCCGCCGACAUCCUCACACACUGGAGGCCUGGCUCGUCGCUUGCACGUUCCCUCCUUCCUGCGACACGACGGGCAUGCACACGAUGACGCAACCGGCAUCGGCCCAAAUGGCCCUGGGAAUGAAACCGUUUCCAACGCAGCCGAUCGCGAUUCGAAACGGCCCGCAGACGACACAAGCACACCCGCUUCCGUCAAUGUGACAGUGCUGAUCGCGAUGCCAUCACAGCGAACCGUCUUCCCCUGCACUCAGACUCAAUACAGCACCGCGGCGCUCACGUCACAGAAAUCCCUCAACCUCGACAAUGUAGCUUCUGCUAAGAUCGAUGAGUCCGAAGAGAGCGCCGAAGCAGCAGAGUCGCGCAGCCUCAGGCGAACGGCCAGUAUCAAGACUUUCCGCACAGCCGCUUCCGCCAAGAGCAUAGCUGAUGCACGACGGGAAGCCUUCUUCAAUAAGAUGACCGAGGAUGAAGGCAACGUCGCUGCCAAUGACCUUCCGAGCACCCUGUUUGACGAUGAAGACGAGGAAGAGUUGCCAGAGCUCGUGUUCGGUACAGCCAGCGUGCCCAUCUUCACUCGGAUCCCUGGUUAUGCCGCUACCGGAAGGGAGCCCUUUUCAGGUAUUGUGGAAGCAUAUCAGCCGCUUCGCUCAGAGCUUAUUCGACUGGUCACCGGCGCUCACGAGGCACGCGAACGCAAGGCGGCAAUGGAAGCUGCAGCGAAGCAGGCGGAGGAAGACGCUGCCAAGGCGGAUGAGACCACUAUCGACGAGAGGUCAACCAACCAAGCUCAGGCUGCUGCUGCCGGCGCCAACACGGGCAGAUUGGCAGCCGACGGUCACCGUAUCAGUGCCAGCGAGACGAUCGACAGCGAGACAGCUGCCAUCAUUGGUUCGCCAGAUAUGGCCACUGUCCCCACCGCGCACCAGGAAGGUCUUGGCAACGUCGUCAGUCGCAUGAUUAUGCCUGAGCCUGCUAUUGCUCAGCAUGGCACCUCUACCUCGUCCCCGGUCCCAGCAUCAACCAUCAGAGGAGACACGCAUCGCUUCUCGGAGGAUCCGCGACCCAGCAUUGGUGUCAAUUCGAACUUGUCGCGCGAUGAGACCGUCACGCCUGGACCGGGCGAUGCGAACGCAGCACCCUACAACACUUCUUCGCUCACCUUGGAUCCUUUACUCGGCGAUAAUGCCGGCGCAUUCAACAACAGCGGCAACCUGCGCAGCACAAAUGUUCCCGAACGAAGUGCAUGA